AUGACAAAUGGACCAUUACUUAUUCAUCAAGUACCUUCUGAAACAUCAAUCAAUGUCAUGUAUUAUCGUGAUGAAUGUUUAAAAGAUUUAGUCAAAAUGUUACACAAAAAAAGACCAUCAUCAACAGUAAAUCACAUUAAGCUGCAUCAUGAUAAUGCACAACCACAUAUGAAUGAUAUUGUUGUUAUUUAUCUUCAAGAAGAAAAAAUCAACGUUAUGGCUCAUCCACCAUAUUCACCUCACCUUGCUCCUUCGGACUUUUGGUUGUUCAAUUGUCUGAAACGUACCCUUGAUACAUAUCCAAAUACUACAAGUUUAGCUAAUACGUUAUCCAAAGAGCUCAAUUCAUUACCUAUUCAAGAAUACCAAAAGACAUUUCAGAAGUGGAUUGAAAGGAUGAAACUUUGUAUUGAACAUCGUGGGGACUACUUCGAACAUUUACUGUAA